AUGGCUCUCGGCAUCCUCGAACCACCGGUGGAACAUGUCCCUGGUACGGUAUACGUCUACGAUGCGGACCAGCGACACGCUCAGCUUUUGGAGACUGCGCAGAACCUGAAGAGGGACAAAGGCGGCCGUAUGAUCUUGGUGCCUCAGCCAUCUAACGAUCCAAAUGAUCCCUUGAACUGGCCUUUAUGGAAGCGCGACCUGAUUCUCGGUAUCCUCUGCUUCGUAUCAUGUAUCGCGACUACUGCCUCUCCUCUUCUUGCGGCUGAUUCGGUCACCCUUGCCAUCCUCUUCAAGCGGACCUUUCAAGAUGCCGCGCUCCUCACCGCCUACCAUCUGUGCGGUGUCGGCGUGGCUGGUUGGCUUUUUGUGGCAUCUGCGAGAGUAUGGGGCAAGAGACAUCUCUUCUUGUUUGGGGCCCUUCUGAUGGUGGCUACCUCUGCUUGGGGCGGUUCGACGCACUUCAAACACAACUACGCCAGUCUUCUGUGGAGUCGAGUGUUCCAAGGUGUUGCUUUGGCGCCAUUCGAAACACUUGUGAAUGCCUGCGUAGGCGACUUGUACUUUGUGCAUGAGCGUGGGCCGAGAAUGGCGGUUACAAAUACCUGCCUGUUCGGAGGGGCAUUUUUGACUCCAGUGUUUGUGGGUAUGAUCGCGGCCCACAUCGGAUGGCAAUGGAGUUUCUAUCUUCUGGCCAUCUUCAUGGCACUAGGCUUUCUCCUGCUCUUCUUUUUUGUGCCCGAGACUGCCUACCGCCGCGCACACUCCCUUGAUCUGGAUCUCCUCUCCGAAGAUUCGUCGGAGGUUUCCUUGCCUCAGGAUUCUAAAUUGAGCACUGGGGAUUUGGACAAGAAACCGCUGCCUUCGAUGAGUGUUUCUGAAACAGAACUACCAAAGGUGUCUUGGGUGAGGAUGUUGAUGCCUUUCAACGGACGCAAGACCGACGAACCCUUCUUCAAGCUGCUCUUUCGGCCCUUCCCACUAUUUCUCCAUCCGGCAGUCGCGUGGGCAUGUUUGAUCCAAGGUGUGAUUAUUGGGUGGACGGUCAUGGUCGGCGUCAUACUCUCGAUGAUCUUCCUGGGCCCGCCACUGUUCUUCAACGAAGAGCAGGCUGGCAAAAUGUACACCAGCGCGUUUAUUGGCAGCAUCCUUGGCCUUCUCCUGGCUGGCCUGUACAGCGAGCUGAUGACGAAGUUUAUGAUCCGACUAAACAAAGGGAAAUAUGAGCCUGAGUUCCGAAUACUACUGGUCAUCCCAACGCUGGCCUUUUCGGCGAUCGGCCUCUACGGGUUUGGAAUCACCGCUCAAGAUGUCGCGCGGUACGGGUGGAUUGUCCCGGAUGUCUUCCUUGCCUUCAUCAUCAUCAGCAUGGUCAUGGGCGCCAUUGCUUCGGCGCAAUAUCUUCUCGACGCCCAUCGUGACAUCGCCGUGGAAGCCUUCACUAAUCUGCUGAUUUUCAAGAACAUCUUCUCAUUCAUCCUGGCCUACAAUGCCUACAACUGGGUAUUUGCGAUCCGGAUCCGACAUCUGUUCAUCAUAUUCGGGAGCAUCGAGAUUGUCAUCUGUUUAUUGAGUGUUCCAAUGUAUGUGUACGGCAAACGAAGCCGGGAGUUCUUCCAUCGACAUGACAUUCUGAGCAUGACGAAGCUGAGAUAA